CGGUCGAACCCUAAGUUCGACCUGGUUAUUCAUUCAAGUCUCUGCCCCUCCUCGCUUGGGGUAGUGGUCAUUCUCGACUUCCUCGCUCGAUCUUCAGGACGAUGUACUGUCCAUAAGCCCUCGCUCGUCGUCUACGAGUCAGGCAUUGAUAUAGGAUCAACCCAGUUCCUUUGGGACUACCAGCCCUCGCAGGAUCACCGCUCCUCCAGUACGACCGAGCAGAUCGCUGCUUCGUCACCUCCACAAAAAGAGCUCCCAUCUACCCUCGAGGCGGCACCUGGUGUCGUGCAACAGGUCCAAACCCGCAGGUCGUCGCCCAUCAAGAACUCGUUAGCUACUACCAGAGACACCCACCCGCUCACCCAGAAGAUGUAUUCACCACCCUACGGAUCGACGUCGAACCUACACAAGCAACAGAAAGCGUGCAGUCACCCAUCAACGAACAACCACUCGAACUCCCUGAAGUUCAACAUCGAACUACCACCAGCCCCACCCGCACCAACCAACGCACCGGUUGAAGUCCCUAUGGCAACGUUCACCCAAGAAGACAUCAAUCAGCGCAUCGCUGUCGCCCUCGCAGCAUACCAAUCCCAACAGUCAACUGCCAACCGACCCCUUCGCCUCGACAUCCCUGCUCCUGAACCCUUCAGCGGAAAGGCAGAGGACCUCAGACGCUUCAUCCAAUGCAUCCUCUCCUACUUUGUCGCCACCAACAACACCCGACUUAGCAAUGAAGCAAAGAUUGCCUUCACCGUAGCGCUGAUGAGGAAGGAUCUGGGGAAAACAUGGGCGGACACGUAUUACGAGAAGUCGGCAGGGGGAGUCCAGGUCUAUUCCACUUGGGCAGACUUCGUUGCCGCUCUAGAAGAGGCGUUCCCUGAGCACGGAACGCGAAUCAAGGCACAUCAAAUCCUGAUGAAACUCCCUGAACGACAGAAGGAUAGGAAGACGGCGCUCUCCCUCGGUAACUACGUCACCCGCUUCGAGCAGCUAGCAUCAAAGGCUCAGCUCAAGGACGCUGAGGUCAAUGGCACCAACCGCGUCGAGAACGACUACCACACUCUCCACGCCAAUUUCAUCAAAGGACUCCCGAAGGAGUUGUAUUUUGCGCUCACAACAAGGGUCGCUAGGGAUUAA